GCGGUGACGAGCCGCCCCGGGCACGCAGCAACGUGAGUUGGCGACGGUCAGGUGACUUGCCAGAAAAUAUUAAGGGAGAGCGCACCAACAAAAGCGGCUUCAGCGACAUGUUGUUCGAUCCCGCGACGGCACUCUCAUCGGCACCCACGCCCGCCACGGCAACCACCGCGACCGCGAGUCGCCUCGAUCACCUACUGGCGCAGGCCGCGGCCCGGGAGGUACAGCUCGAGGAACCUGGGUUGUUCGAGAGAAACCCACUGCUGGCCGCAUCAAGGGACGGCGGAGAGCGGCAACUUUCUUCGUUCGGAACCCCGGGCGGCGGAGCUCCACUUC